GCGCCGCUGCCGGAGGAGCGCAUCGGUAGCCCGCCGCAAGCAAGCAAGCAAUCCGGCGUACGGUGUGUGUGUGUGUGCGUGCGUGUGUGCGUGCGGCCCGUUGAAUGUGGGUUACUGGGCCCAGCAGCCCGAGCCGCGGUGGUGGUGCCGUUUCCGAGACUUUCGCCGCUCUCGGUGCGGAUGGUGCCCGUGCGUGUCGGCUUCCGGCGGUCACGCCGCGAUCGCCGCCGUUCCCUCUCGGCCAGAAGAAGCCAGCGACCAGCGUCGGCGACGCUCGCCACCCUUGACCUUUGCCGACGACGACGAGCCGCGGCGGCAGCAGAAGCAGCAGCAGCAGCCCUCAAAAGGACCUAGAUGGCGUCCUCUGGGCUGGUGAAGCAGGAGGAGGAGCCGUACGAGCUGACCAUGUACUCGUCCUCGUCGUCCCUGUCGCCAGGUGACGCGGCGCCCCGCAAGCUGCAGUGCCAUUCGCCCAGCCUGUCACCGCCGCUCAGCCCCCACGAGUUCUCCUGCUCAUCCACCACCAGCGUCACGCACCAGGCACCUCCCUCCCCACCUGUCACGGGUCACGGCUCGAGUGGCGGCCACACCACACGAGGCUCCUCGGGGCAUCACCACAACAACAACAACCACCACACCGGCGGCGGAGGUGGUGGAGGCAACUCACCGCGGCGGUUGUGCCUCGUGUGCGGGGAUGUGGCUUCGGGCUACCACUACGGGGUGGCUUCGUGCGAGGCCUGCAAGGCUUUCUUCAAGCGGACCAUCCAGGGCAACAUUGAGUACACAUGUCCCGCGUCGAGUGAUUGCGAGAUCAACAAGCGGCGGCGCAAGGCGUGCCAGGCCUGCCGGUUUCAGAAGUGCCUGAAGAUGGGCAUGCUCAAGGAAGGGGUCCGGUUAGACAGGGUUCGUGGUGGCCGCCAGAAGUACCGGCGAAGCACGGACGGCCCCUACCACGUCCAGGCACUCACCCCCAAGAAGGUCUCCCUUGAAGACAAUGUGAUAAUCUCGGCGCUGGUGCACUGUGAGCCGGAGCCGCUGCUGGCAAUGACCAACGGGUCAUCGUCGCCCUCACUGGACAGCCACUACAAGAUGGUCAGUGUGCUGAGCGAACUCGUGGACCGGGAGCUCGUGGCCACCAUCAGCUGGGCCAAGCAGAUACCCGGCUUCCCCGACCUGACGCUCAAUGACCAGAUGCGCCUUCUACAAACCACCUGGGCCGAGAUCCUCUCCCUGGCAUUGGCCUACAGGUCGUGCCACCUGAGUCCCCCCGUGCGACUGAUGUUUGCCUCGGACCUGAUGGUGGACGAGCGGCAAGCGUCCGAGUGCCGGGCGGAGGAGUUGUUCCUGCACACCGCCCACCUGGUGAAGCGGCUCGAGGCCCUCUCCGUGUCACGAGAGGAGUUCCUAGCUCUCAAGGCCCUGCUACUCACCAAUGCAGACAUCCAUCUCGAGGAUGCGUCCUCGGUGCACAAGCUGCGCGAUGCUGUCCUCCAGGGCCUGCAUGACUGUGUGGCUGCGCAGCGCACUUCUUCCACAGCCUCCUCAUCCUCAUCGGGGUCAGCCUCUUCUCCCACCUCAACGCCCGUGUCGACGACCACCACCACCACCACAGCCAACGGCAACAGUGCGGCCGCUCAGCAGCUGGCCUCCGCGACGGCGGUAGCCUCUCACUCGAGUCAGCUGCUCAUGUGCCUGCCCUUGCUGCGGCAGCUGGACACGGUGGUGCGCCGCUUCUGGAAUGGUGUCCGCAGGGACGGCACGGUGCCCAUGAACAAGCUGUUUGUCGAGAUGCUCGAGUCGCACUCGCUGGUGCGGUGAGCACGUGCGCACGGUGGCACUCUUCAUUUUGGCAGGAAGAUGCGUUGGUGGCUGGCAGGGAGUGUGCCCUGUGUCACUCAGUGAUGCACCCGUGCACCGUCUCCUUAGUUCUGUACAGUGUUGCAGAGGCUACGUUGUGUGCUAACCUCUUCGCUGCCAUCCUUUGGCAGGGAGCUGGCAGGAGGAGUAGGAGGCCCAUCGUGCGUGCACGCUGCUUCUCUACUUUCGUGCACUACUGCUGAAGCUUGAGGUUGCACAUGGCAUGUCGGGGGAUGUGCCGAAGCAGCUGCGCUUGUGCGUGAUCUGGCAGACCACUGUUGCGUUUGUCAGUCUUUCGUGCCCCCGGUGGUGUUGUGCAGGCUUAGUGACGACAUUGCUCGACUUCUGCUGGUUCGGGUUGGUGCAAACCAGAGAUGAGUUCGGUGCGAAGCCGUCGGGAUGCGCAGCUGCUUUGGUGCAACUCAUGGCAGUUAGACUCUCUUCUGCAGCUGUUUGUCUACUGCACGGAAUGAGAGAGAAAGCAGAUAGUGGAGCCAUGUAAUGCAGAGGAAGUCGGCAGUCUGUCAUAGCCGAUUGCUAGUGGCUCCUCGGAAGCCACUGUGAGCCGCUGCUUCUGCUGCCGAGACGUUUGGCAGAGAGCUUUUGUCUUGACUGACGUGGUGGCCGUGGGUAGCACCUGGCUCGCAGACUAGAGAGAAUUCUGCGUGUAGGAGUCGAUUCCCGUCAUUGAGGCAUAGCUUAGAAUUUGGUAGUCGAGGGAAGGCGAGCCCGAUUGAGGCAGCUAGCUUGUCUGCCUGGCACGGCAUGACAUCGCGCAUCAGCCAGUGUUUAGCCGGCAGUGCGCCAGGGCAAGCUCGUGUCCCAGAGUGCUAGCUCACGAGAGACUGUUUGUGCUGCUGGCCGGGCAUCGUGUCUGGCACGUUGAUUGUGCAGGUCGAAGAGAAAGUUCGCUGUCUGGAAUGGCAAGUUUCGGAGUUUGCAACGUGCGCGCAACAUUAGGGGACACCGAAUGGGGUAGCUUUAAAUAGUUGUAAGGCACUUCGCAAACGUCUGUAAUCAGGCCAUGCUAAGUUCUAUUUAACAUUCACGUUGCUAGUCAGCAAGGGGCUUUGUUGUGAUUUCUCGUGCUAGCUUGAGUGUGUAGACGAUGAGGUGUGUUCACCAAUCCAUCAUGCGAGAACUGGUUGGCUAGCUGCAGUGGCUUGGCAAGUUCUUGCCAGGCUGAAGUUGCGUCUGGCGCGAUAUUCACUGCCACGUCAUCAGCCAGCAGAGUAUUGUGAUUGACGUGUUCAGGACCCCCUUUUCCAACCGAUUGGGCAUGCAAGUUCGCAAGGUUGUGCCACCUGUGAGCCUUGAGUCAUUCAUGCUCCUUCCUGAUGCGAUCAAAACGGCUUGUACUUUUUCUGUCACCUUAGUCAAGGCUCAACAACACCUAACCAUUGGCAUUAGCUUUGAAACAGAUACUUGAGGACUGCACACUUGAAAGGUGCGUGUUUCACAGAAGAUUUAUUCCAUGUCCAGCUACAGUGCUUGGAAACUGCAGAAACCAUGCCAGCACAAUGGGAUACAGCACUGGCCAUAGUGAUUGCGCCGGGCCUGCAUUUGUGUUGCGGGCCUCAGAUUUCAACAACAUCGACAGCAGCCAGUGCUUUCUACCGGCAGCAGCUCGCAACAGUUCCUCGUUGAGGCUAUACGAAGGGCUGUAGUCAGUGAAUCGUGGGUAGUAUUAGAGGAUCAGUCUCUCUAGGACAGCUUGUUAGGACACCCUUAUGGAGCGGGCACCUCAUCACUGCUGUAGCGUUCGCACUCUAGAGUGAGCACCUAGUGAAAGUCUUCGAAAUGUACCCCAAAGUAGAAGUGUAUGGGCCGUUUCUUGCAUUAGUGCUAAGACCUGCUUUGCACCAUACAGCUAUAGAUGGUGAAGCACCACAGAUGAACUAUUUUAGGACGUAAUUGGUUGAGUGCCAGUCAACUUUUGCUGUUAGGUCAUUGUUUCACGCUCUUUGCUGUACGCCAAGAGUACAGUUUGGUUUUUUUGCCACGUUGUGUUUGGGGGCUGGGAACUUUGUUGUUUUAGGUGUGGAAAGCCUUGUUUUGUUGACUGUUAAUGUUGCCGAAAACAAUUGUUACAUGUUGUGGUUGGAAAUGUGGUGCCGUGUGCUUGGAAUAGUGUACAUGUGCGUGUGUGAUUGUACGGAGGACUGCAUCGAGAGGGGGAGAGAGGCGAGGUCAAGUCAUCAGCAAGAGGAAUUGGCAGUGUGCCGCAUCGUACGGAGUUGUUCAGAUGGGGUGACGUCACCUCCGCCGAUGCACCAGCGAGGCGUGGCGUUGUCUGUUCAGCAGCAGGUCAGUUGAACUCUGUCGCACCGAGUUGCCAAUGUGCACACUUCAUGCACACCUCUUCACGUUGAGGCGAACACCAGCGGGACAAGCCAUUGCCGCCAUUGCUUUGGUCCUAUGCUGCAACUGAGGUCCAUGCUCUGAUUUCAGCCCCUGUGACGACCGUCCCCUGCAGUAUGCGCUGAAUUGUCGAGGUAGUACUAGCAGUUGGGCCAGUUGAAGUUGUACUAAAGGACUCACUAAACUGAUUGUUAACAAUCUGUGCAUUGGCAAUUCUCCUACGCAUUUUAAUGUGUCCGAAACAGAGCAGCACAGCAAGACCUUUGACCAUGUGCGGUUGGGACAGUCUUGUUUGAUGGAGACAGAAAUCAAAGCAUGGGCCCAGCGUGGUGUGCAGUGAAGACUGCUGACGACAGCCAGAGAAGCGGAUGUUCGAAGCUGCAGACGGCGUUUGCGAUUCAUUGAGAUUCCUCGCGAGAGGCCUCCAGCCGCUGACAGUGGGUGUGCUGGGGACUCGAGGAUGCCAAUGCGGGCGGCACGACCUGUGAGAUUGACCGAUGCCAGGACACACAAGGGCGUGCCGUGCUUGGACUUUGCCUCGCCGCAUUACGUACUGGAAUGCAACGUCUUGACUUGCCACUGCAGCGUACCUUACGACGGAACUGUUGCGCCGUACCGUGCAUUUUAGUUCCUGGCCCUUUCCAUCACGCAAGCAUCUGUGCACAUGUUUUCCUUUUCCUUUUCUUUCUUUCUAGCCAUGUUUCUGUUGCAGCCAUCGUGUCGUUCUUUUUUUUCUUCUUUUUUUAAUAGAGACAGAUUAUUUUGUUGUUUGCUGCUGUUGACUGUCACACCUUUUGUUUGCAUUUCUGUGUUGACCCUUUGACCAUUUUCAACAAACCUGCUCUGUCGUGGUGCAAAUUUUAUGUCUUAGAGACAGCCACGUCAAAGAGCGUUUCGGGAAGGCACACCUCCCAUUUUUUGAGUGCCAAUACAUUACAGGCAACCUUGUUGAACUUCUGACUCUUUUGUCCCCAGUUUGCCUUGUAAGCAAAGUGGGCAAGGCAUUUUUUUUUCCCCUGACGCUGUUUUUCUGCUUGUUUAUGUUCGUUGCUCCUUGCAUUGAAUUGAGAGUCCUAGGAUUGUGGGGGGGAAGGUGGAGGUUGUCGGUAGUGGAAUGGGUGCCUCCAGAUUGAAACGGAGGCACAUGUAGGUUUGCAUUUUUGCGCAGUUCUUGCUAGCUUCGUGCGUUUUUAUCCAGUCGCUCAUCGCAUUCAUUUUCCAUUGCGGGCAAGCUAGGCGCUAGAAAGCCCGCGCAUGAUAGCGCCAGGGAUGGCACCUGUCGGCACUUUGUAGAAUGUCACGCUCACACACUCGCGUUUUGUCGCUCGUCGUUCGAUGGUUGACUGGCUGCAACUGCCAUUGAUUCUUUGUCUGUAGAGAGUGGGGGGAAGGGAAGCACACUAGGAAGAGGUUUGCAAGUAGAUCUCGCUGUUUUUCCUCGCAGGGCGUUUAUAAAGUGACAUUUCCGACAGCAUAAAUGGCUAUCCAGUUCUGCGUGGCCACUGUAAGCAACGCAGCUUUCCCAAGCCACGAGGAGCUAACUCACAGUUUUCGUGAAGGGCCUGUCAUUUCUAAACAAUCGAUACUCUGAACACUUUUCACAAACAACAGUCUUUUGAUUUGCACGCCCCGUGUGGUCGUGGUGUUGUCUCUCGAGAUGUAGCAUUCUCAAGCUAUUCAUUAAUUUCUACGUGUAAUGAAUUCGAGAAAAAUAGUGCUACUGCAAAAUGGGCGAUUUACAGUAGGCUGGGCUUCUGCCGUUUCGGCAAAACUACAUUUGACCUGUCACUGCUGUUAUGAGCUUCUUUUUAUCUUUGUUGAAGGAUUUUUAUGUGCAUCUUUUUCUUAUAUGCAGUCUUUGAAAGCACUGUUCUCAUUGUUUUCCACUGUUCUUCUGUGGACCUCUGGGCACACUCAUUGACGCACUGCAAUCUGGACUUAAGUGUGGGUCAGCGGCUUCAAGUUAUGCAGCACACUGCUCAUAUAAAAAGUUGGGCAUUUUUUUUUUAGUUUGUUGUUUCCUUAUUUCAAAUUUCAGUGAUGCUAAGUUGAUUCUGUUCUCGACAGCCAUUCUUUGUCUCACAGCAUGGCGUUGGUACAAACUUCUGUUAGCAUGCAUUGCAAUUUUUGGUGCCUGGGACUGUACCUUUUGUUGUUGAUCACACAGUGCCUGGCUGGGCUGCCUACUAUAAAGAUAACCUGAAAUUGUGAGCAAACCUUUAGGUUAUGGAAACGUCAAAGAAUGCACACUCUUGUUUGUCCGUCAGGAACAUCACGCAACCUUGUAGUUCCCGACAUAAAUGCACUGUGCAUACAACACGAGAGAGGAAGCUCCCACUACACUUCUUGGGAUGUAAUUAUUGUGAAAAGUCUGAAGUUGUACCUCAGUUAGGGUAUAAAUUUGUCCCACAGCAAUAAAUGCCACUAGUGUUGGGUGCAUUUCCUGGACUCUUCUUGUUGCCGCACUAUUGUAGAAAUCGAUUAAUUUGAUGGAGUUUUUUUAUGCAUUGUUAAACAUUUCUGUUGCAAUUCUCCUACUAGCAACAUCAUGCACCGUCUGAUAUGACGACUGAGCUUUAAAUAUUUUUCAGAUAUGACAAUUUUUGGCAGAUUGGGGAGUCUGGAAAGAAAUGAGACUUUGACUGGAGGUAUCGUCUAAACUAGCCUCCAGUGCCCCUAACACUUUUUCGAUGAAAACGCGAAAAAAUUUGCCCUUUGGUCAACUUGGCAACAUACUUUUUAAGUGACAGCAGCAGUGAAGACGCACACUUCUUUCGGGUUGUCAGUUUUCCGAUCCAAUGUAUGAGCUGUGAUGUCUCGAAUAACACUAGAUGGUCAAGAGUGUGUGUUAUUUCGAUAUUGUACAAUAUUGUACAAUAAUGUAUGAUAUUUCGACGAGUAAUAUCAAGCACAAGUUUAUUUUUCCCACCGUGGUUUGCUUUUAUCCACCAGCGCUUUGACAGGAUAUGUACAAGUUAUUAUGAGCACUCUUAUCUCGUCGUGUGAAGUUUCCACUCACACAAGAGCAUGCAGUCCAUUUCAGACUGACCUUUGACCGAUGCUUGACCAGCAGUUUAACUCUUACGUUUUGAACACCGUCUGUGCAAGUGGCCUUACUCAUUACUUUACAAUGUUUUGCAAUGCUUCGCAUUACUGUACAGCACCCUACAGGAACUGAACAAAGCAUGUGGAUGCUCCAGGGCUAGUUGAAUGCACACUAUACCAUGUCUCUUGCACGGGAAAGCUGAUCGAACGCAAUAAUCAAGUAUGAGGAGCCUUCUGCAUGCUUCCUGGCCUGACAACCAUUUCUUCGCGAGCCUAACAAAUGCAGCAUAAAAAACAAACCAGCUGGCUCUGCAAAGAGUAAAAACAAAUGCUCCCUGUUCGAUAGGAACUAGCCCAUUUUCACAUUUGCGCAGCUGUCGCUUUCCCACAUACCGUAGGCUUUGCCGUGGGCAUUGCCAUGGCUAGUAUUGGUGCCAGCGAAUCCCCAUAACAAUUUUUUUGAGUGAUCUAACUUGCAAAAGUUGGAGACCUGGAACCAGGCGCUUAUUUUCUAUAGUUCAGAUUUUUGUUUACUCUCAAUACUUAUACUAAGAAUAGCAAAUUAUUACUUUAAUUCGUGUUCCUUGAAGUGUUUCUUUUAAGUUUCACAUAGAAAUUCUCAAUAGCUGUCUAACCAGUUAUUGCUGCUUUACAUCAAUUAAGAACACCAGUGACCAGGCUAUAAUUUUGUGCAUCACAGUAGACUACAUCUUUAAAGAAAAUAUUAACAAAUGAAAGUGCCAACAAUGAGCACAUUUCUAGCGGUAACAGAAGAGUCUGUUUCAUAUCAGGCAAUUUGGUGUCGUGUGGGCCAUAUGCAUUUCUGUGUCCCAUAACUUUCCUUACCAGGUGCACACCAUCAAAAAUAACUCUCAUUGUUGACAGAAUUUUUCAAUAGGGUCUUCAACUUUGACAAUUGUAAGCACUUACCAAAAAAAAAAGAACCCUAUCCUAGAGUGCAGUUAGACCUCAAAAAUUACCCUUUAUAGGGCAAGUUUGUCAGGUGUCACUGUUCGUCACAAAUCUUAUGUGCAUUUUCAUUCUUUAAUGUUGUGUGUCCAGUACUUUACUAUCGAAAACACCAUGCGCAUUUGAGCAUCCCGCUGUGUUUUCGACAGGAAAGUAACGGGGGCACAACAUUAGAGAGGAAAUGCACACGUUUUGUCACAAUUAUUGUGUAUUAAAACACAUCCUGAAAGGCGGACAUUUUUAAUCGCACAAGCACUUUCUUUGCGAAAAAAAAAAGUGUACCUUAACUGAGGAUGAUGUUGCACUUCAGGGGACAGUCGCAUCCCAGGGGAGGUAAAGUGUUCGGUUCCACACCAGAGGGUGUUGCACCCUUUGUGGGUGCAUACUGCACCUUACACCCUGUUGUGAAUGACUGCACCCUUGGAAGUAGGGCAUGUGCUUAUUGCUGUGGCGGCAAUGCCAUAGUCAGAAAUUUGAUGCUGUAUCUUGCCUUAUGCAAGACUUUCAGCACAUCUUGCAUGCAAAGCCACCCUUUUCUUUUUAGCCGUCUGUGUCCAGUGCUUCCAACCUUAUCAAUUAAAGACUCUGUGUGAUCAACAAGGAUAGUUACAGUAACAGAGUUACAGCAACCACAGUUACCCUCACUUAACUCUUGUACACCCUCUCUCCCCCUCUCCCCCCUAAAAAAAUCUUCCUGCUCAAACUCGCAGCUUUAAAACACAGGCUCUCUCUUCAUUCCUGUCUUGACAAGCUUGUGAAUUGCACUUUCAAACCUUUGGUUCAUAGUUCUCGGACACAGUGUUGUCACGAAGCACGAAAUUGUGACCCCCAAACUUGUCUAGCUCUUCUCUGCCGCAGCCUCUGUGUUGCAAUGAAGCAUGGUGACCAGUUUUUGAAGAAAACUUCAUGGCCCUUUCCUGGCACAAGACAGCGGAGCCUUUCAACAAACUGUCAGCUAUGAAAUUGUGUUUCUGAUAGUCCUCGACUUGCAUCACAUGAAGCCACCGCAUUCGUUUGUCCUCUCUCUCCCCCUCCCCAUUUUUUUUCAUUCAUAGCUUUUGCGUGUUCACGGACAGCCUUCUCAGGAAAUACCUCCUUAACUCAACACGGGUAACAGGGGCACGUCAAAACUAGGGCUGUUUUGCAAAACCGGUGGGACUUGGCGAGACUGAGCACGUUCACAUGGCUUUACAAUGUUUUCUUUUUCCUACUUAAAGAAGUCCCCAUCAGGAAAUUAAAGUUUAUGAAGCCAAAUAUUGCUAACUGCUGUGGUGAAAAUGAAAGGGAAUCGACGCAUGCCGCGCGUACAGAUAUGCAAAGCUUGAUUACAAUAGAAAAAAUGAAUAUAUAUUUUUCUUAGACGAAAGUGGGUUGCUGCUGCUUGGGAAAGCUUAGCACUUUCAGCCACAAAAGAUUGCAUAGCCUGAGAAUUGGGAAACAAUUUCCUAAUAGCCAACUACUGAGUGUUGCUGGUAUUCAAAGGCACACUCUGUUAUUGUGUGUUUUAAUGCUGCCGCACACCCCUCCAUUUCAGGCCCAUGAGAGAUCUCGCUUAAACUUUUCAGCCCAGUCUGACUCGUGGACAGUAGCCACAAAAAGAAGGAAGUCUUCAGAUAAAUAUAUUUUUUUUUGUCUUGGUAAGAAGGCUUGAGUUUUUUUAACUUCAGGCCUAAGUUUUACCACUGCCAGGGGGGGGCUUGCGACAGCGGCUUGGUCAGUGGGCCCGUAAUUUGUGACCCUCGCAAAUGGGCAGAGCAAUAUUAUCAACCACGGAGUACAAAUAGCCUCGAGCGGUUUCUUGCGGCUGGCGUCGAGCAAUGCUGCAGCCAGUGUUGGGACUUUUUUCCAGAGCUGACAACAGGGAUUUCUGCAUAUAUUUAAUGGUUUGCAGCAGUUCUGGCAUUCACAUACAAGGGACAUUCAACACUUGUGCGUUAUUGUGACUGCACUGGUGCAUGUGCUUUUGACAUUGUUUUCUAUAAUAUCGUGUGUCGCAGUUACCCCGUAUUGUGCUAGAGGCUUGACUUGGAAACGGAUAGUUGGGUUUUAUGAAAGCUUUGGUUUACCGGAUGUGUUGGCCAGUGAUCAUGCUGAUUAACCUCCUCUGCAGUUUGCCUUGUCUAGCUCGAGUGCGUGACUUCCCUGGUUUUCCGCAUUGUCGUGCUUGUGUAAAUGCUUGAAGGCCAUGUGCUUGCAAACAGUGUGUGCAGUAGGCUUCUGGUAAUUGAUGUUUGGACAUAGUGAAACGGCAUUGGUUCAACUUUCUCGCAUGAUCAGCAGCAGCGUAUUUAUUUUGUACUAUAGUUGGUACGUGGUGGUACUCAGUUGCCCACUGCAAGAUUGACUCAUGGUGAAUUCCACUGGACGUUCUGGACAGGUUUCUUUGAAUCCACAAAUGAGCAUUUGGAGAGUGCUCAAAUAUCGCAAAUCAAAGUCUAUCAAAGGUAAAAUGCUCGUUGCCAAAUCGCAGUGGAAGUUAGGUGCAUCCAGAAUAAAUUCAAGUGUGUUGAAACUUCAGGUUUCUGUAGAUCAAGUGUCCGUACAUCAAGUAUCUGUAAAUCCGUACAUCAAGUAUCAAACCACUGCAGAUCGAAUUGAUCCCAAACAAGCAACCAAAAACUUCAGUCUGUUCUGAACUGAGAAAGCACAUUCUUUGUCUCAAGUAGUUUGAACGCGCUUCAGAGCGACCGGUAGAAUUCACCCUGAGAUAAGAGCACACGCAGCAUGAGAAUUAGUGAGCGCAACAUCAGGCAAAUGUGUCAUUUGAAAUAUUCUCCUUACUUUACAGUAUAAUUGUUGAUGGCACUGGUUUGAUGGCAUGGAGGUCAUUUGGAAGGUUCUGGGCUAAUUGCAGAGUGUCUACUGCCAUUCACUGAUGUAUUGCACUGAGACUACAGUUUCAAACGAUGUGUGGGCAGCAGUUGGAGGUUAUAAGUUGUGAUUUGCUGCUGUCGUCCAGCUUGGCCCACUCAGUGUUUGUGUGUGGAUGACUGACGAUCCUCUAUGCACGCUUGUGCUAAUUGGCAGAAACGAAAUUCUUUGUUCAUCGCUAUUUGUUCCUGCUCGUGGCUCACAACAGCGUAAAAAUUUCUUGUCAACCAACGGUCCUUCCGUAUUUGAAGCUCCCGUAGUGCUUUUCAUCAGUGGGAUGGGCUUUGCAGGUUUUUCUCCUUUUGUUUUUGUACAUGAAGUGAUAGGCAGCUGUGAUGGGUUAUCGUCUUUCACUUGUGAAAGACACCUGUAGUUAGGCAUGGGUUAUGUAGCAUGUGUGAUUCGCAGAGAAUGUGGCAAGCUGAAGUUGUUUCAACUGCAGCCAGUCCAGUACCAUUGCAUAUAAACUCGGCAACGAAGCAUGUCAUAACAUUGUACGGAUGCAUGUUUGCAGAAGCGUGCACUGCCAGGCAUGUUCUACGCACUGCGCAUUCAUGGUGGCACUGGAAUUUGUGGGCAAGCUGUUGGACUGUGUGAGAUAAACCAAAGCUUGCACAGCAAGCAUUAGCAAUAGUGUCUAGCCUUGUUUAUGAACAGUGCCCAAUGUUGAAGACAAGGUUGAGAGACAUUUUACUGUUAUUAAAACCGAAGCUUUACAGCGAUGCACUAGAAUUGGCGUUGCGUAAGUUGGUGAAAGUUAUUUGGUUGUUUGCCAUUGUCUAGGUGAUUAUACAAACAUAAGACUUCUCAAACAUUUGCAUUUUUUGGUGUUGUAGCCCCACAAAAAAUUUCCCACAGCAAUACUGCGUUGUUCCUUCACAUAUUGAUUUUCGUUCCGAUGUCGAUGUACCUCUUUUAUCUGUCAACUCAUGUAUGUGUAACACCAGAACACUUCGAUGUUAUUAUUUUAAUCUUUAAGAAUUCUUUUAGGGCAACAUUCACUGUACAUAUCUGUGAACAUGAAUAGAAUCACCUGUCACUCCUUCAGAACCCUGACAUUGCCACCACGUCAUGCUUGGAAACUUCUAUGGGGCGGGGAUUUUCUUUUUUCACUCAUUCGUCUGUCCAGCAUCACCCAGCUGGACUUCGGUUAGGUUCGUAAGCAGCGUUCUAAGUUGCUUUUCAAGCUCAAGAUAUGCAGCUUUCCCCAGACGUAGUGAUUUAGUCUGCAUGGCUAUGUUUUGCUAACGAGAAGCUGUCUUGUACAACUAGUCUUCAGGAAAACUGCAUUGGCCAGUCGAGGUCAUUUAUUGGGUCUAGCACGUAGACUGUGGUAUUUGAAACAGGACUGGUCUUAACAGCCAUGUAUGUAUUCCUUUGUCAUUUCAUUCAUUACACUGCCAUUUAGGAGGAGGGUAUACCACCAGCAGCUUGCUAGGAAAUCCUGAGUGCUCUCCAAGUUUUCCGUAGGGUGUAAGAAGAAACCGUGCAUGCAGUUUCAUUACAUAUUGGGCUAGAUGUCUGCAUGCUCUCGAAAAAAAAAAAAUGUGGUUGCGUGAAUGCUGCUCCGGAAGCAUGCUGUAGUGUGUGUUUCGAUUCAUGUCUCACUGCAGUUGUUGAAGGUUAGUUACUGCACAUGUGGUAGCCAGCACUGUUGCAAGGCAAUGUAGUGGGGAGUGCUUGGAUGUCUGCUGGUUGCUGAGCCAAGUGACAUUUGCUUACUCUGGGCAAGUAACUGCGCAAGAGGGAAGUAAUGCAAGUGAACGUGACACCGAUGACUUUUCAUCUGUCAUCUUUGUCAUGAACACAGCAUCUGAAAACAUCGACGUCUACAGACAAUGCUCUGUGUUGCCUGUGACAUUGGUGACACAGUGUGAUCCAUAUUCUGUGUUUGUUUCACUUCUCCUUUUGGCCAAUUACUUGUCAAGCAUUGAGCAGACGUUUGCAAAUAAGAAUGUUGUACUCAUUUGUCACUCUCGUCAGAGCCCCGCCUGGCACUUCAAAGCAUGAGACAGUGAUGCAAAGAGCUUUAGGUUAGCGUUCUGGCAUGAAUAGACACUCGUGAAUAAUUGCGGAGCAUAGGGUGCUUAUCUUGUUACGUGUAUCUUUUGCGAUCAUGUGAUCAUACCAGAGCUUUGUUAACCAAUAAGCAAACUAUCCCAAUAAAGAAGUGAUUGUAAAGCUGUUCUUAUCAGCCUCCAGAGCUUUGGAGGGCUAGGGAUGCGACCCAAGCACCGCCACUGUACUGUCCUGUUAUCAUGUGCUCAGUGGCCUGGUAAAUUUCGAGUAAGAGCGUGCAUCGAGAGCCCCUCCUCGAAGCUGCCACUGCCGUGGUACGUUCCAAACAGGCGCUGUGUAAAUCCCCCGCCGUGAGAAAAAAAAAAAAAUCCUGAUGUUUUCAAUGAUAAAUUGCAUACUUCGCUACUGUGCAAGUUUGGUUACCUGUUCUUUUUUUUCUCCCCUCCAAUUCUUUUAUCUGUAGUUGAAAAGCUCCACACGACUUCCCCGCAUUUGCAUAGUUCGUCGACGUAAUCUAGUGAGAGAGCUUGUGACAUCCUCUACCAGAGGCACAACCGUCUGUACUUCCUCUUACGUUUUAUACCUUUUAGGGUGUAGUCUUGCUUCAAAAUCUAUAUGCGGCCAUUUGUUGUGCGUGCAUUUCUCUUAUGUAACGCUGCACGGCCGUACCAUCUCUUCAAGAGCUCGUUUCUGAGAGUCCCGCAGAGUUUCAGGCAGGAAAUGGUAUUCAUAAUGGUAACAGUGCGAACAAAAUGACGACAGAUACCAUGUAUACCAAUGCCAACUUUCUAUUUUAAUAAAGGAAAUAGUAUUGCGAGCAUAGCGGUGACAAAAAAAAUUAAAUAAUUGAAUGAUAUCGAUAACCGUUUGUGCCAAGACUAUGCCCUAAAAGGUGGUAAAUUGCGCUCUUGACCACAUGGUACUUGUCCCAUGAUUUCUAACCGUGUGCAGCGAAGCAGGUGAUCGGUCGAACUGUGGCAUUGGGCACGUUUAAAUUCUGCAAGUGACUUUUUUGCAGUUUGCAAAUGCACAUGCGACAAGUCUGCAUGCAGCGUGCACUGUCCCCUGAGCGCCAUCUAGGCGAGGCAAAGCAACCAGCACGUUAAACUGCUGUUUACAAGUGUUGGUCAACUGGGUUACGCAAAGUUAGCUUGAAACUGUGCUGCUUUAUUUUAAAACUCUAUGAGGUACAAUUUAAAAAGUUGCAUUAUCUGUUAUUUUACUGAGCGUGGCCUUUUCCUUCCCACUUCCUUCCCUUUAUCUGUGGUGAUUCAAUGCAAUGUAUCGCUUCAAUUUCUGAAAUUGUGCGAUCUUCCUCAACAUUUUAUAAGGUACUUGAAAAACGCAAGUCAUUUUUUCACUGACAUAAUUGAGUUGAACUUAGGUUUUUUCUCUUUUUUUUUUUUAAAGCAACAAGUUUAAUGCAAACUGAUGGCGGUGGUUCGACAUCACGUUUGGAACGUGAUCUCUACUCUGCAACUAUACAAUGCCGCCUCUGCCUGUUGAUUUAAGACAAUACAUCUGCGUAUAAUCUAGGACAGUUAAUAAAUGCCCAACUCAGAUUACUUAUAUAGAUGUACCAGCCAGUCAUGUUCGCUCCUUCCUGCAUCGUGACAUCACAGGCGAACUUCUUUCAGUAUCGGUCUCUGGAGAACUGUCGCAGGCGAAGCUCGACACUGGGUAUGUUUCAUUGCCUCGGCUUACAUAUAUUCAGUUAUCUAGGAGAAUGCGAAAUUGUAGCGAGUUCUUAGCAAACGCUAUUGCCAGUUAUGCCUUGCCCAGCCUAGGUGGCGCUCCUGUACUGCACUGUGUCAACGUUAGGCUUAGGUGUGCGGUCGAAGGCUGUGUUGGGCGAAGCGCUCGUGGAAUACCUUGCAUUAUCCACCCUCUUAAUGUUACACCUAUGGAGGUGUUUCUUGGUCUUGCAUUUUAAGCAGUGCACUCUAAAAAAGAUGUACGCCCUUCCCCCCCCUUUUUUUGUCUCGCUACGAUAGUUGUGAUCAAUGUCGUGUGCACGUUCUCGCAAUGCGCCUUUUAAUUUUCUGUUGGGAACGCUAAGGAGUGCUUAAAGCCGCACGACGUUCCUGAUAAAAAAGUACUGGGCACGUUGCAUUAAAGAAAAAAAAAUGGGGGGUGGGAGGGAGAGUUGCACACAACAUUGGCGACAAUUUUUGCUGUGUGACAUAAUUGCGCCAUAAAGGGUGUCGAAGCUUGGUAUCCCAAAGGGUGCAAAAUUUGACCGAGUUUUGUGGUGAACCAAUGGGUGCAACACAUUUUAGAGUGUAAAUCCCGCGGAAGUGAAAGAUCUCAUUUGCCCGCUCACAGCAGUCUCGUAAACCAUAAAGGCGCAUUUUUUAAUAUUCUGGACACCACGUCAGACGACGAUACUCGGUUACCCAAGUUGCCCCUGACAAGGCGUGUUGGGGCACGUUUGCGGGAUAAUUUUAAACAGGGUCACAUGACUGGAAGCAUUGUAAAAUUUCGUUCACGUUGGCAUGGAGCCCGCUGCUAUUGUUUGCUGUCUUUGUAGUUUUGGUCAUGCUCAUUUUAUAAAGCGGAAGAAAACGACGGCAUUGGUCUGUGUCGCGUGACUUUUCUGAGCAGCUUCAAAUGUGCUUUCUACGUUGUCCUUGCCUUGCGCAAUACAAUUUCUUGCUCCAAAAGCCGGCGAGCGAUGUUUGUUGUUCUACGUGGUGCCCAGAAAGUUUACGAAUUUUAAAUGCGACCUCAGCAGUUCUUCAGUCCGCCUGCGAAGAAAACGAUGGGUCGUACGUGCACUAUGCACGUACGACCCAUCGUUUUCUUUUUUUUUUUUUUUCGUACAGGAGAUUCGUAUUCCGGUAGAAAGCCCAGCGAGAUCUUUGCGACUAAUAUGAACUUUCCCGUGUCAUUUCAUUUCGACAUGGUUUGAUUUCAUUUGUUAUCCUGCUCCGAAGUGUUGCCAUACCUUGGGGGGGGGGGGGGGGGGUACACAAAUUAUACACAUUUCUCAUUGCGGGGGUUGUAUUGCAGGUUUUGCUUAUCGACGCAGACAUAGGGCAGGUUUAGCGAAGCGGAGACGUACCAGCGUAGACUUCGCCAAUUGAUCCUUAGACGGAGCGUCUGCGGCGCUCGUGGCGCAGAUGCUUUAGAAUUGCGGAGUUAUUGAGAGAAGCGUUUUCAACAUCGCAAAAUGUUGCCGUCAGCACUGCUGUUCUAUGGUACGUCUUGCGGUAUUGCAGUUUUCUACCCUCGUUUACGUGUAUCUGCGGUUCUUAAACUCCCUACUACCGCGGCAGAACUUGGGACACGUAAGCAGUUUGGACAUGACAGCGUGACACUGAUACAUGUGGACGGGUGGUAAAAUGAAAAUGAUAAAAAAAGUGUGUAAAUUCCUUUUCAUUCAGUGCCUGCCGUGUACAUAAGUGUGCAUGAUAUACUGUCAGCGGAGUUAGUUUUUAUUUUUUUUCUCUAGUGUCCCACGUCGGAUUCUUUGUUUCUUUCAGUUGGCAACCGCGCAGCUUGGUGCGUGGCGCGCCUGAAGCGUACACAUGUCUCGUUGCUUUGUCAUGAUUGAUCAGACAUGCGCAAUGAACAGAUACGAAAAUAAGUUGCAGAAAAAAAAAUACUGUUGGAAAUGAAUAAAAAGUAUAUAUAUUAUA